UCCGCCAGAGGGAUGGGGCGCGGAGGGCCGUGACUCAGCUGCUGGGCUGGGUGGUGUCCAGCCAGUGUUUGGCAGAGAUAAGACCCCCCUCAACAUCCUCCCUUUAUUCCGGGGUUUUUGUUUGCUUUUGUCCUGACACACAAAACAAAAACUCCUCCGGGGACUGCUGCGGCGAGGCAAGUGUAAGAGGGAGAGCGGUGAUGACAGAGGAGAGGUGUGCCAAAGUGGAGCAGUACGUUGGUGAAAUUAAAGGUGGCCUGAGACCAACCAUGAAACUCACAGUCAUAGGCAUGGUACACUCCAAACCCAAGAGCUUUUCAGUGACUCUGCUCUGUGAUCCAGUGGAUGCAAACAAAGAUGUUGGACUGUUAUUUACAGUUAACUUCAGUGAGAAAUCCAUCACCCGAAAUGCACGAAUUGCUGGGAAAUGGGGAAGAGAAGAGAAGACUAUUCCCUACUUUCCAUUUACAGCAGGUGACACAUUCAAGAUGGAGCUCUUAUGUGAACACCAGCAAAUACGAGUCUUGCUUGAUGGACGGCAGCUCUGUGACUUCACUCACCGCAUUCAGCCUCUGAGCUUGGUGAAAGCUUUGCGGAUCUCAGGGGACAUCAAGCUUACCAAAGUGGCUUGAAAAAAGGAGACCAUGAUAUCACCAGAGGACAGAGGAAAAUGCAGCUUUUCCGGAAUUGAAAAGCUUCAACAGCUGUGGAUUUCACAGUCUUCUCUGGACCAGCCCUAGGAAAUGGUAUCUGUAGCUUAAACUGCACUGCCUAUUCCUGUUCUUGCAUCUAAUUAAAACUGCACCUUUGCUUGCAAACUUCUUUACCAGCACUCUUAAAUAUUUGAAUGCAUUUAAGUGUACUGUUAUUUCAUUGCUGUAGCUUUUGAGUGAAAUCCUAAAUACAUGGCUAUUCUAAUAAAUAAACAAGCAUGUAUCAUA